GGGAUGGUGGAUACAGGCUUUCCAUUCACUGUCUAUUGGUUUAUGAUAAGACUUAAUGAUGUGUCGUUUUGUCUAGAGGAUCAACCGAAAACAAAUAUGUAAGUACUUACUUAAACAACAGAAGUAACAUUUCUUUUGAUUUCUUUCUUUUAUAACGUGUGAGUUGAAAUACGUUUUGCUUGCCAAUUACGCAAAUACAAAAUAUCAAUUCAGCACGGCACUGACUGUUUUGUCAUUGCGAACAAAUGCUGAUUCAGCUGAGUUCAGCCAGACUCUUGACGUUACCACCUGUUUGAUGAAGUACCAGAGAGGACUCAAAAACAACACCUCAAUGCUCGGGUGAACACUGCAGUUUUGGGGUGAAUUUGCACGCCGCGGAGGAAUCUCCAAGAACACAGAAUGGAAAGUAUAUUAAGUGAACCUGACUUUUUGCCCUUCAACCAUUCUUGGAGGAACUCCAGUCUUGCCAACGGAACCGCCGGGCUGAACCAGACCAAUCCACUGAAACGGAAUGAGGAGGUGGCGAAAGUCGAGGUGACGGUGCUCGCCCUGGUUCUGUUUCUGGCGCUUACCGGGAACCUGUGCGUCCUGGUGGCAAUUCACACGACCAAACACAGCCCGUCCCGAAUGUACUACUUCAUGAAGCAUCUCAGCAUCGCUGAUCUGGUUGUGGCCAUAUUUCAAGUCCUGCCACAACUCAUUUGGGACAUAACCUUUCGUUUUUAUGGACCCGAUAUCCUGUGUAGGCUGGUAAAGUACCUCCAGGUCGUUGGAAUGUUUGCCUCUACCUAUAUGUUGGUUUUGAUGUCAAUUGACAGGUGCUUGGCAAUAUGUCAACCGCUCCGCUCUCUGCAUAAGAGGAAAGACCGCAUCUAUGUCGUUUUUUCUUGGGUUUUAAGCCUGUUGUUCAGCAUCCCGCAGAUGCACAUCUUCUCCCUGAGGGAUCUGGGAUCCGGGGUGUUUGACUGCUGGGGGGACUUUGUGCAGCCUUGGGGAGCGAAAGCGUACAUAACCUGGAUCAGCCUCACGAUAUAUAUCAUACCAGUGGGCAUUCUGAGCCUUUGCUAUGGGCUAAUAAGUUUUAAGAUUUGGCAAAACUUUAAACUGAAAACGAAAAGGGACCAUUGUAUAAGCCUCACGCCAAAGACGUCAAAAGGCAACGUUCUCGCUCGAGUGAGCAGCGUAAAACUGAUUUCCAAGGCAAAGAUAACCACCGUGAAAAUGACAUUUGUGAUAGUUCUGGCUUACAUCGUCUGUUGGACUCCUUUCUUCUCUGUGCAAAUGUGGUCUGCAUGGGAUCCAGCUGCGCCCCGUGAAGCCAUGCCCUUCAUCAUAUCCAUGCUGCUGGCCAGUCUGAACAGCUGCUGUAACCCCUGGAUCUACAUGUGCUUUGCUGGUCACCUGUUCCAGGACCUGAGGCAGAACGUGCUGUGCUGCUCCUCACGCUACCUCAAGUCCUCGCAGUGCCACUGUGACCGUGACAACGACUCCAGCCGCAAGAGCAACUCCUCCACCUACGUCAUCAAAAGCACCAGCAGCCAGAGGAGCAUCACCCAGACUUCCACCACAUGAGGGCCAGCCGACCACCUCCACCACCCAGACCCCAGACCCACCUCUGUCUCCAUAUGCGGCCACCAGACUUCCCACCUCAGAGGGGAAGACUGACUAUAUCACUAUUUCACAGCUUUCAUGUAUUGUGUUGGAUCUAGUUGGAAAGCAGGUUUGAAGGAUUGGUUGCUGUACAGAUUUUAUUAUGGGUUGUUUUUGUUGAGGUGGAAUGUACAAAGUGUCCUCCGUUGUCUAGACGAAAUCAUUCAUUGACUGUCUGACUUCUCAGGCAGACAGAUUUAUUUCGCGUUUGGGGGAGGGGGGGGGCGGGUACUGGGAGACCCAAGGACAGUCCUCUCUCUGCUAAGGAAAUGAUGGAGCUGUGUUCUAAUUGGUCAGUAAACUACACCCCCCUCAAUCCAUCUACUCACUGGUUGGUGUUUUGAGGUGUCAGUCAAAGCUGGAAGCUGCAGAACCAGAGUCUGGGUAUGAAAGUGAAGGUGAACUCUCCUGUAACAUAGUUAGUCACAUGUACUGUAGGAUAGCUUGUGUGUUCAUUCAGCUCUUGUUUAUCCCACCAUGCAUUACCACUCACUCACAGUAUGUUUCAACUGUUUAUGAGACAUUAAAGCUCUGUUUAAAAAAAACGAGAAUGAGGUUUGAGUUGUUAAGGAUGAAUUUUCUUCUUUUUUUUUUCAGACAACGUAAAUUGACGCGAACAUUUUUCACAAUUUUCCUUCAAGGCAAACAAAUGUCUGAUGUGUUUUGAUCAAGAAACGUGUUGUAUUUUGGUGAAGUUUUUUCUACAUGCAGUAACUAAACUGUGUGAUUUCUAAGUGUUCCCAACCUUCUAAGUGAAUUAUUCAUAAAGGCAGCAAGUAUGAAAAUAGAUUGCGCAUGUUGUGAAUAUCCCAACUGGGAAUUAGUAAAACCAUUGUAACUUUAUCUUGAUCAUUUUUUACACUGUAGGACCAGUUCAGAUUUAAGGUAAUACAGAAGAAAUCCUGCAAACUUUAUUUUUUUCUUUCAGGAAGCUGCCUCAUUCAAUGUUUUCCAGAAACUAUUGCAGAAAAGGGUCCACUGCCUUAAUAUUAAAUCUUCUUGACACUGUUCCUAGGUAUAAUUCACAAACAGCAGUAUUGUAUUUCAAGUCUUCUACAUUAAACCUAUUUUUCAUCUUUUCGUGAAGGCUAUUGAAUGUGUUUGUGGAUAACUUUAGACUAGUUCCUGUUUUGCAGUGUGUUGUUUUUUGGGGAAAGUAAUACGUGUAUCUCUUAUUUAUUUGAAAUAAACGUUAUGUGUUCUGUCAACAGAAGCCUUGGAUCGACACCCUCACCCCAACUUCUAACAAUAGGAAAACUCACAUUCAAACUCCAUGAUUGUUGACUAAGCCGUGACAAUCAGUAUCUGACAAGCCAAGCUUGGGAUAAGUGGUUUCAGUAGAUUUGAAGUCAGAUGAGCAUACCGAACAACAACAAUGAUUGAAAGACCCAAAGUAGCAACGGCAGGAUAUUGUACACGGGAUGCAGAAUUUAUCAGCUCUUAAAAUGUUUUGAAAUAAUAAACACCUGCCCCAUCAACUCAAAUCCAAUAUUAUGUAUGAAGAAAUAUUUUCAGCUAUAACGUUAUCCGUGAACUAUAUGCAGACCAACAAAUAAAAUAAAUUUACUGAGGAAAAUAAUUCGCCAUUCGAUACUUUACUAUACUUCCUUUUGUCAACAAGACAUAUUUUUCUUCUAUUUCCUAAUUGGUAGAGAAACAAAUGAAGCAUUAAAUUGUGUGUAUGAAUAAAAAACUUUGAUACGCAGCACAGAAACGGUUGUUCUAAUGGGAGUUUCUUCUUGUUGCCGUGUUCUUGACUCACUGCUAGAAUGUGUAAAUCAAACAUUCCACUUGUCACUCUCCGUUAAAACAAAUCCGUUGUUAAAAAACAUCUCUGCUAAAACAAAAUUCAGUUGGCUCUUUCCUUCCAACUUUCUAACUUAAGCCAA